AUGAGUACCGACAAACCCGUUGUCGAAAAUAUCGACAACAUCAAUCCCAAUAUGGCACAAAGACCAUCCUCGGAGGUCAGGAGGGAUCCGGAGAAGAGCAUGCCGGAGUCUUUCGCCUACGAUCCGGUAGCUGAGCGUCGCUUGAGACUCAAGAUUGACCUUAUGAUCGUGCCCACUGUCGCCUUGCUUUACCUUUUCUGCUUCAUUGACAGGGCCAAUAUCGGUAUGUAUCAAGGUCCUGGCCACCGCGCCCAGCUAACAAACCUAGGCAAUGCCCGCAUCGCCGGUCUGGAGAAAGACCUCGGUAUGAAGGGCUACGAUUACAAUGGGACCCUAAGCGUCUUCUACAUUUCAUACAUCAUCUUCGAAAUCCCGUCCAACAUCCUUUGCAAACUUGUGGGACCAGGCUGGUUCCUACCUUUGAUCACGCUCCUCUUCGGAAUCUGCUCAGUAGGCACCGCCUUUGUGAAUACCGUCCCCCAAGCAAUGGGCGUUCGAUUUCUUUUGGGAAUCUUCGAAGCUGGAAUGCUGCCGGGAAUCGCUUAUUAUCUUUCCCGCUGGUACCGUCGCGCCGAGCUCGCCUUUCGCUUGAGCUUGUACAUUGUGAUGGCUCCUUUGGCCGGCGCUUUCGGCGGUCUGCUUGCAUCUGCUAUUCUCCGACUCCCUCACUUCGGUAGCAUUCACUCUUGGCGCAUGAUCUUCGCUAUUGAAGGGAUCAUCACCAUCGGCCUUGCCCUCAUUGGAUUUGUGACGCUCACAGACCGACCGGCUACGGCUCGUUGGCUGACACAGGCCGAAAAGGACCUUGCGGAGGCCCGCGUCCGCUCUGAGCGCGUGGGCCAGUCUGAGGUCCUCGACAAAAUGGAUACCCAAAAACUUCGUCGUGGAAUCUUCUGCCCUGUGACCCUCAGCACGUCAUUUGUCUUCCUUUUGAACAACGUCACUGUCCAGGGACUGGCCUUCUUCCUCCCGUCGAUUGUACGCAACAUCUACCCGACAUCCACUGUCGAACGCCAGCAACUUUUCACUGUGCCGCCAUACGUCGUUGGCGCCUUCUUCACGGUUCUCCUGCCAUUGCUCAGUUGGCGUUUCGAUCGACGACAAAUCUUUUUCAUCAUGUCUGCUCCGCUAGCGAUGGUUGGUUACAUCAUGUUCCUGGCGAGUAAGAAUCUGCAGGUGCGCUACGGCGCAACCUUCCUUGUCACCUCGUCGGUUUUUGCGCUGGGCGCCUUGACGAACGCACAAGUAUCUGCAAAUGUCGUCUCAGACACAGCGCGCAGCUCGGCUAUCGCUAUGAACGUCAUGUUCGGAAACAUAGGCGGGCUAGUGUCAACUUGGGCCUUCUUGCCCUGGGACGGACCCGAUUAUCGGAUCGGCAACGGGCUGAACUUGGCGACAUGUAGCUUGAUUCUCGUGCUCUCGACGGUGACAUUAUUCUGGAUGAAGCGGGACAAUCGCAGACGGGAGAGUAGGGUUGUGGAAGAGGAGAUAAGUGGCAUGUCCCAUGAAGAAGAGAGUAAUUUGGACUGGAAGCAUCCGUCGUUCCGAUGGAGGCCGUAG